AAAAAAAAAAAAAAAAAAAAGCCAUGACUGCUAUCCCACAAUUCAUCUUCCCUGCGCCAUCUUUGUAUUAUUUCUAAUUUAUUUUGGAUGUCAAAAGACAUUGAUGAAGAUAUUUUCUCUGGAGUCUCCUUCCUUUCUCACCCGGCUCUCCCGAUGUGAACCGAGCGGCUCACAAGCCACCGCAGCCACCAACCCACCAUGUCUCGCCGCAAGCAAGGCAAACCCCAGCACUUAAGCAAGCGGGAAUUUUCGCCUGAACCUCUUGAAGCCAUUCUUACUGAUGAUGAACCAGAGCAUGGCACGUUGGGAGCUCCAGAAGGGGAUCAUGACCUCCUUACUUGUGGCCAGUGUCAGAUGAACUUCCCAUUGGGGGACAUUCUUAUUUUUAUUGAGCACAAACGGAAACAAUGCAAUGGCAGUCUCUGCUUAGAGAAGGCUGUGGAUAAGCCACCUUCACCCUCACCAAGUGAGCUGAAAAAAGCAUCCAAUCCUGUGGAGGUUGGCAUCCAGGUCACACCAGAGGAUGACGAUUGUUUAUCAACGUCAUCUAGAGGAAUCUGCCCUAAACAGGAACAUAUAGCAGGUAAAGAUGAGCCCAGCAGCUACACGUGUACAACUUGUAAACAGCCUUUCAACAGUGCAUGGUUUCUCUUGCAACACGCACAGAAUACUCACGGAUUAAGAAUCUACUUAGAAAGCGAACAUGGAAGUCCCCUGACACCGCGGGUUGGUAUCCCAUCAGGACUAGGUGCAGAAUGUCCUUCACAGCCACCACUCCAUGGGAUUCAUAUUGCAGACAAUAAUCCUUUUAACUUGCUAAGAAUACCUGGGUCAGUAUCAAGAGAGGCUUCAGGUCUUGGAGAAGGGCGUUUUCCACCCACACCUCCUUUGUUUAGCCCUCCCCCCAGACAUCAUUUGGAUCCACAUCGCAUAGAACGUCUGGGUGCAGAAGAAAUGGCUCUUGCAACCCAUCACCCUAGUGCCUUUGACAGGGUGCUGCGACUGAACCCCAUGGCUAUGGAGCCACCUGCUAUGGAUUUCUCCAGGAGACUUAGAGAGUUAGCUGGAAACACCUCCAGUCCACCAUUGUCACCAAGCCGGCCCAGCCCUAUGCAAAGGUUACUGCAGCCAUUCCAGCCAGGCAGCAAGCCACCAUUUCUGGCAACACCGCCCCUUCCUCCUCUUCAGUCAGCCCCUCCUCCUUCCCAGCCUCCAAUAAAAUCCAAGUCUUGUGAAUUUUGUGGGAAAACAUUCAAGUUUCAGAGUAAUUUAGUAGUACACCGUAGAAGCCACACUGGAGAAAAACCCUACAAGUGCAGCCUCUGUGACCACGCAUGCACUCAGGCCAGCAAGUUAAAGCGUCACAUGAAAACACACAUGCACAAGUCAUCCCCCAUGACCGUCAAGUCAGAUGACGGGCUCUCCACAGCCAGCUCCCCAGAGCCUGGAACCAGUGAUCUCGUCGGCAGCGCAAGUAGUGCUCUCAAAUCUGUUGUGGCCAAGUUUAAGAGUGAAAAUGACCCCAAUAUGAUUCCGGAAAAUGGGGAUGAGGAAGAAGAAGAGGACGAGGAGGAAGAGGAAGAGGAAGAAGAGGAAGAGGAGGAGGACUUAACUGAAAAUGAAAGGCCAGACUAUGGCUUUGGCAUUAAUCUAGAAGCAGCCCGUCACCACGAAAACAACUCCAGGGUUGGUGAGGAGAACCGUUCUAUGCCAGACGUCAUGCAGGGGAUGGUCUUGAGUUCCAUGCAGCACUUCAGUGAGGCUUUUCACCAGGUCCUCGGAGAGAAACAUAAACGAGGGCACCUGUCUGAAUCUGAGGUACACAGAGACACUUGUGAUGAAGACUCAGUAGCUGGAGAAUCAGAUCGCAUUGAUGAUGGCACUGUUAAUGGCAGGGGGUGCUCGCCUGGUGAAUCUGCCUCUGGAGGUUUAUCAAAAAAGCUGCUCUUGGGUAGCCCCAGCUCUCUGAGCCCUUUCUCAAAACGCAUUAAACUUGAGAAAGAGUUUGACCUGCCUGCUACAGCUAUGCCUAACACAGAAAAUGUUUACUCCCAGUGGCUGGCUGGGUAUGCUGCCUCUAGACAGCUAAAAGAUCCAUUCCUCAGCUUUGGAGACUCCAGACAAUCGCCUUUUGCCUCUUCCUCAGAACACUCAUCAGAAAACGGAAGUUUGCGCUUCUCCACGCCUCCAGGGGAGAUGGAUGGAGGGAUCUCAGGCCGCAGCGGCACGGGAAGCGGAGGAAGCACCCCACAUAUUAGUGGCCCAGGCCCUGGAAGGCCUAGCUCAAAAGAGGGCAGACGCAGCGACACUUGUGAGUACUGUGGGAAAGUCUUCAAGAACUGUAGUAAUCUCACUGUCCACAGGAGGAGCCACACAGGCGAAAGGCCGUAUAAGUGUGAGCUUUGCAACUACGCCUGCGCCCAGAGUAGCAAACUCACCCGGCACAUGAAAACACAUGGUCAGGUGGGAAAGGACGUUUACAAAUGUGAAAUUUGUAAGAUGCCUUUUAGCGUGUACAGUACCCUGGAGAAACACAUGAAAAAAUGGCACAGUGAUCGAGUUUUGAAUAAUGAUAUAAAAACUGAAUAGAGGUAUAUUAAUACUCCCCUCCCCGCCCCUGGUUCCCUGUAGAGUUUUUCUAGACCUUUGUGAUUAAAAUAAUGGAAGCUAAGGAUAUUAAGAAAGUGCUUGUCACCAGCACACCUGUUUAUUUUCUUUUUGUUCUCACCGUUUGAAUGCAUGAUCUGUAUCGGGGCAAUACUAUUGCAUUUUACGCAAACUUUGAGCCUUUCUCUUGUGCAAUAAUUUACAUGUUGUGUAUGUUGUUUUUUUAUUUUAAAUUAGACAGCAUGUAUGGUAUGUUAUGGCUAUUUUUAAAUUGUCCCUGAUUAGUUGCUGAGCAAACAUGUUGCUGUUUCCAGUUCCGUUCUGAAAAAAACAAAAAACAAAGCAAAACGAAACAAAAACAAAUUAAACCAACCAUGCUGCAUACAUUCUGUAAUACAUAUCAUGUACAGUUUUGUUUUGUAACGUGCGGAGGAAAACAUGCUUUGGGUAACCCUCUACGGACAGGACUGAUAGCACUGAAAAAAAACGCUGUAUUCGCUAGAUUUCUGUCUUAACGUAUCAAUUGGACAGAUAAUAAUAAAAUAAUAAUAAUAAUAAUAAUAAUAAAAAGGCCUUUAAUUGAAAAAUAACAAACCAAGAACAACAAAAAAGUAAAUUUGUACUAUCAUUUGGUUUUAAAAUAAAAAAUAUGAGUGCCUUGGAUCUAUUGAAACCAUGUUGAUAGCUCCUUCCUACUCGUUCUAAACUUGUAGCUUACUUCAACAUUGGUUAAAAUGAGGAGUCUUUAGGACCUAGCAUAUGAUUCUAUAUUGUAUUUCUCACAACAAUG